AUGAAACAUACCCUCCUCAGUCUCCUCCUCCUCUCUCCUCACACGGAGUCCUUCACCUCCUCUCUCACCUCCCUCUGCAGCCUCUCCUGGCUCUCCUCUGCUCCUCCUCUCCUCUCUCUCUCAGUCCUCUCGCUCUCCGUCUCGCUCCUCUGCAGUCCUCCGUCUCUCCUCGCUCCUCUCCGUCCUCUCUCCUCAGUCUCACCCUCCUUGCUCUCGGCUCUCCUCAGCUCUCCUCAGUCCUCCUCCUCCUCUCUCACCGAGUCCUCUCACCUCCUCACCUCCCUCUGCAGCCCUCCGUGCUCUCUCAGCCUUCUCCUCCUCUCUCAGGCUCCUCCUCCUCCGCUCUCCUCUCAGCUCUCUCGCUCCUCGCCUCCCGUCUCUCACACCGGAGUCUCAUCCUCACCUCCUGCAACCCUCCUCUCUGCCCAGCUCCUCCACCUCCUGGCUCUCCUCCAGCUCCACGACCCUCCUCUGCCGCUCCUCCUCAGCCUCCUCCCCUCUCUCACACGGAGUCCUUCACCUCCUUCACCUCCCUCUGCAGACCCCUCCGUGCGCUCCUCCCAGCUCCUCCUCUCCGCCUCUCUCCACAGAGUCCUCACCUCCUUCACCUCCCUCUGCAGACCCUCCGUGCUCCUCCUCACUCCUCCUCCUCCUCUCUCACACGAGUCCUCACCUCCUUCACCUCCCUCUGCAGACCCUCCGUGGCUCUCCUCAGCUCCUCCUCCUCCUCUCUCACACGGAGUCCUUCACCUCCUUCACCUCCCUCUGCAGACCCUCCGUGGCUCUCCUCAGCUCCUCCUCCUCCUCUCUCACACGGAGUCCUUCACCUCCUUCACCUCCCUCUGCAGACCCUCCGUGGCUCUCCUCAGCUCCUCCUCCUCCUCUCUCACACGGAGUCCUUCACCUCCUCACCUCCCUCUGCCACCCCUCCGUGGCUCCUCCUCAGCUCCUCCCCUCCUCCUCCCCCGUCCUCCCCCUCCUCCCUCUGCAGCCUCCGCCUCCUCAGCUCCCCCCCCUCCUCCACCGGAGUCCUUACCUCCCACCUCCUCUGCAGACCCUCCGUGGCCUCCUCAGCUCCUCCUCGCUCUUCAGCUCCUCCUGGCCUCCGUCACACGUGGUUCAGAUCCCUGA